CUUUAAGCAGCUCAAACAGCUCAGUGUUUGUUCAGUCUGUCAAUGAGUAAACCUGCCCACACCCACACACACAGACUCUGAGCUCACAGCUGUCAUAGGGAUCAUGGCGGCAGUCGGAGCCGGGGUCAGUGGGGUCAUGGGGUCGUGGUUCCUGUCAUCAGGAGUCGUCGGGUCCUUCAUCCUCCUCCUCCUCCUCUCCAUCCUCCUCUCGGCUCUGUGCAGCGAGUGCAGCAGACGUUCGUUUGAGCUUCAAGAUUCAGAGAGGGACACAAAUCCUUCAAAUCUUAUCAGUGUGGUGAAACUUGGGGAAACUUUAACAGCGAGAGACAAUCCUGUGAUCAGCGAGAUUCAAAACGAUGAAAAAGAUUUCCGUCCUUCUGAAGGAAACUCAGUCUCGUUCACUCCCUGGAAGAGCCACCUGGGGGCGCCACAGAACGACCAAGAUGUUCGGACCAAUGGCAGUGCAGCAGUGAUGGAAACAUCUCCUGCUGCUGAGUCCAGGCCUGUGGAGGAGAACUCAGUCCGGUUCACGACGUGGAGGAGCCACCUGAGGGCGCCAGAGCAACAAGAUGUGAGCUCCGCCUAUUCAGACCCCGACCACAUCUACCACUCAAUCGGAGGAGGGUGGACCGACGCCAACACGGUGACACCAAGGACCAAUCCUAACCAGGAGCGCGGCGACAACAGAGCUCGUCCUGAUGCAGCGACGGUGGAAUUUAGUGACAGAAAUUCAGUUUAUGCUCAAGUCAGCAGGAAGGUGAGACAGGCCCCGCCCCCUGUCCAGACACCUGAGGUGGCACAGGUGAGGGAGGGAGAGGAAGGGGAGGAGCCUUCACCUCCGCUGCCUGACAGAGAGGGAUGAUGGAGAAAGGGACGGCAGCUAGAGGACAGAAAAAUGAAAGACUAAAGACAAGAAAGAUAAAACAUGAGAGACAAAGGAUAUCAGAAAAAAUGGAUGGAUAAUAUUUAGGGAGAAAUUACAGGAGAUGAACAACGUGGGAUAAAUAAAGACAAAGGAUGAGGACGAAACAUUCCAGAUGAAAGUCGAGGAGAAGGGAUGAGAUACAAAGGAAGAGAAGAGACAAAUGAAGGACAAUGAAUGGAGGAAAAAAGACGAGGAUGAAGGACACGUGAAGGACGUGAACAUGAGACAGAGACGUGUUAAUCACAACUCAAUGUAAAUAUGAAAUUAUUUGGAUUAAAAAGGGUUGAAACCACGUUUAAAUCAGAGCCUACAUUUCCCAUAAUGCAAAUGUACAGCGUUUUCAUUGGCUGAGUGAUCUUCGUGUGUAAAGUGGUGGAACAGCCCUUUAAAGAAUCAAGAAUAAAAACAUUUAUAAAUCA